UGUGCAAUUUAGCAAUUUACUCCUGGAGUGACAGUGAGAUCCUCAUAUCUCUGGAAUUGAACCAUAUAGGGCCUUAAAAAUUAGAGUCCCCUUUUUGAACUGUCACCAUAGGCAAUAAAGCAACAAGGAUAGGUGAAGUCAAAUUUUGCUAAUAGAUCUACCUAUUUCUGUGUCAUUUUGACCCCCGUGUACAAAAUAGUGAAUUACUCAGAUAAAUAUUUAAUGCUAUGGAUUAAUGUUUACUUUCUUCUUCAUUUAUGAAUUUCUUUCACCAGAAAAAUAAAUAAAAAUUAACAUGUUUGGCCAGGGUUGAGGUCACACGGAAUGACUCUAUAUGAAUUCUUGUUUCUGUUUUCUUUACUUACUUGUAUAGUCUCUGUUUUGUCCAUGUUUGUCUAUAAUUAGUGAACUGUCUAUGGACACCCAAGGAAUAUUUAGGGGAAGACACAUGUCAUCUAAUUUGAGUGGUGAUUUUCAACUAGUCCAAAGCACAUUUAAAUCAAAUCUGCUGAAGAAGUUUCAGUGUCUGUAUGAAGGAACAGCAAAGCAGGGAAACCCAACACUCCUGAAUGAGAUCUACACAGAGCUCUACAUCACAGAGAGUGAAAGUGGAGAGAUCAAUAAUGAGCAUGAGGUGAGACAGAUUGAGACACUAUCCAGGAAAGGAGCAACAGAGGACACACCAAUAAAAUGCAAUGACAUCUUUAGACCUUUACCUGGACAAGACAAACCCAUCAGAACUGUGCUGACAAAGGGAGUCGCUGGCAUUGGAAAAACAGUCUCUGUGCAGAAGUUCAUUGUGGACUGGGCUGAGGGGAAAGAGAAUCAAGAUGUCCAGCUCACAUUUCCACUUCCUUUCAGAGAGCUCAACUUGAUGAAGGACAAAACACUCAGUCUUUCAGAUCUUCUUCAUGUUUUUUUCCCUGAAACAAAAGAAACUGAAAUAUCCAGUAAAGAAUAUAAAGUGUUGUUCAUCUUUGAUGGUCUGGAUGAGUGUCGUCUGUCUCUGAACUUUAAGAGCAAAGUGAAACUGUGUAAUAUAUCUGAAUCAGCCUCAGUGGACGUGCUUCUGAUGAACCUCAUUGCGGGGAAUCUGCUUCCCUCUGCUCUCAUCUGGAUCACCUCCAGACCCGCUGCAGCUGAUUUCAUCCCCUCUGAGUGUGUCCAUCGAGUGACAGAGGUACGAGGCUUCAAUGAGCCACAGAAGAAGGAAUACUUCAGGAAGAGAAUCAGUGAUCGGAGUCUGGCCAGUACAAUCAUCACACACCUGAAGUCAUCAAGGAGCCUCCACAUCAUGUGCCACAUCCCAGUGUUCUGCUGGAUCUCUGCCACUGUUCUAGAGAAGAUGUUUAGUGAAGUAGAGAGUGGAGAGAUUCCCAAGACACUCACUCAAAUGUACACACACUUCCUGAUCAUUCAGUUCAACAUAAAACAAGAGAAGGACUAUGAGAAGACAGAUGAAGACAUGAUUGCCAAACUGGGGAAACUGGCUUUUCAGCAGCUAGUGAAAGGCAACCUUAUCUUCUAUGAGGACAACCUGAGAGAGUGUGGCAUUGAUGUGACAGAAGCAUCAGUGUACUCAGGAUUGUGCACUCAGAUCUUCAGAGAGGAGUUUGGCUUGUAUCAGGGGAAAGUCUUCUGCUUUGUUCACCUGAGCAUCCAGGAACAUCUAGCAGCUCUAUAUGCACACAUUUACUUUAUAAAGAAGAACAGAAAUGCGUUUUUCCAAAUCACCAAACCAAGUUAUUUGUCUAAGGUUUUAAACCGAAAGAAAUGUCAUUCAAUAUCUGAGUUUCAUAAGAGAGCUCUGGAUGAGGCUUUACAGAGUAAGAAUGGACAUCUGGACCUUUUCCUGCGUUUCCUUUUGGGUCUCUCAUUGGAGUCCAAUCAGACUCUCUUACAAGAACUACUGACAAAGACAGGAAGCUGCUCAUACAACAAAGAGGAAACAGUUCAGUACAUCAAACAGAAAAUCAGGGAGAAUUGCUCUCCAGAGAGAUCCAUCAAUUUGUUCCACUGUCUGAAUGAACUGGGUGAUGAUUCACUGGUGCAGGAGAUCCAAGAUUAUCUGAAAUCUGGAAAAAUAAGAGAAGCCAAACUCUCAUCUUCACAGUGGUCAGCUCUGGUUUAUGUGUUGCUGACAUCAGAGCAGAAGAUGGAUGUUUUUGAUCUAAAAAAGUUUACUGGAGCACAAAAUACAGCAGAUGAGAUUCUUCAGAAACUGCUGCCUGUGGUUAAAGAAUCCAGAUCAGUGCAGUUGACUGGUUGUGGUGUCACAGAUGAAGGUUGUGCUGCUCUGGCUUCAGCUUUGAGAUCAAUCCCCUCACACCUGAGAGAACUGAAUCUGUCUGGAAAUAAACUAGGAGCAUCAGGAGUGAAUCUGCUCUCUGAUGGACUGAAGUAUCCACAUUGUAAACUGGAAACAAUGUGGUUGAGUUAUUGUUGUGUCACAGAUGAAGGUUGUGCUGCUCUGGCUUCAGCUCUGAGAUCAAACCCCUCACACCUGAGAAAACUGGAUCUGACUGGAAAUAAAAUAGGAGACUCAGGAGUGAAUCUGCUCUCUGAUGCACUGAAGGAUCCUCACUGUAAACUGGAAACACUGGGGUUGAUUGAUUGUGGUAUCACAGAUGAAGGCUGUGAUACUCCGGCUUCAGCACUGAGAUCAAACCCCUCACACCUGAGAAAACUGAGUCUGUCAUUGAAUAAAUUAAAAGACUCAGGAGUGAGUCUGCUUUCUGCUGGACUGAAGGAUCCUCACUGUAAACUGGAGAAACUGUGGUUGAGUGAUUGUUGCAUUACAAAUGAAGGUUGUGCUGUUCUGGCCUUAGCUCUGAGAUUAAACCCACACCUGAGGGAACUGGAUCUGUCAUGGAAUAAACUAAGAGAUUCAGGAGUGACUCUGCUUUUUGAUGAACUGAAGGAUCCUCACUGUAAACUUGAGAUACUGAAGUUGUAUGAUUGUGGUGUUACAGAUGAAGGCUGUGCUGCUCUGGCUUCAGUUCUGAGAUCAAACCCCUCACACCUGAGAGAUCUGGAUCUGAAAGGAAAUAAACUAAGAGAUUCAGGAGUGAAUCUGCUCUCUGAUGGACUGAAGUAUCCUCACUGUAAACUGGAGAAACUGAAGCUGAGUGAUUGUGAUGUUACAGAUGAAGGUUGUGCUGCUCUGGCUUCAGCUCUGAAAUCAAACCCCUCACACCUGAGACAACUGGAUCUGUCAUUGAAUAAACUAAGAGCUUCAGGAGUGAAGCUUCUUUCUGACCUGAAAAAUGAUCCACAUUAUAAACUGGAGACGUUUUUGUUUUAGAUAUUAGUCUAACCUUCUCUGGAUCAACUGAUGGUGAAUAAAGAGCCACUACAGACACAUCACAUUCAACAUACAGUAAUCAACAGACACAAACCCAUAGUGAUCAUCACACACAGAUGUGUUUGUGUAACUUUCCAGAAUGAUUCAAUGCUUCAUCCAAAGUCAAACAAGGAAACCUUUUGUUUCUUCUUGAGAAGUGAUUUUGGUUCUGGGCCCCUGUAACACUGUUACCCCUGUCCUAUGGCCUGCAUGUGUGCAGAGUGAAGAAUGAUUGUUUACAUAUAUCAUUCACUGUCUAAUACUUAUCAUAUCUGUAUAACCUGUAAAAAUGUAAGAAAGUUAAAUGAUUGUGUACAUUGUUUUAUAAUUGUAGCAUCUGGAACAUUUGGACACACAAUUAUUCAUUAAUAAAUUAAUAAUCCAACAGACGUCUCAAAACCGUAUCAAGCAAAAGUCCAAGUAGGCCCAAGUAGACUCCGAGAUGUCUGCCCUCCCACUAAUCAUUAUCAGCUUUUACUCCCCCUUUGCCAACACUAGUCCAGCAAUUAGUGGACCUUAGACACAUUCCAGGUCAGGGAAGGUAGCCACGUGCAAAACCAGAAGGAAUGCAAAUGCGUUAACUCUCACUCAAUUUCGCUUUUGAAACACACAUAAUGCCCAUAAAAUGGACUCCACCCCAUUCAUUCAUAGAAAUCCUUCUAUGAGGGAACAGGCAUGUUUCCUGAACAUUGUGUGAAUUUCCUUCAUUAUUCCCAGACAUUAUUCUCAGACAAUCUCUCGCAAACCAAUGUUCUCUUUCAUGAUACCUUUUGAUUUUGCGCUGACUACAGAAAGGUAAACAGUGCAACCAAACCCGACUCAUUUCCUUUACCCUGGAUAGAGGAUUGUAUAGACCGCGCUGGUUCUGCAUGUUUUGUGACCAAAUUAGACCUGUUAAAAGGCUACUGGCAGGUGUCUCUGACAGCUCGUGCAUCAGAAAUUUCUGCAUUCGUCACGCUGGAUAAUUUUUUCCAAUAUUCCGCUCCAGCCAUUUUUCAGCGCCUGAUGCAAAAGGUAUUGUCCGGUGUGAAAAAUUGUGAAGCGUAUCUACAUGAUGUGGUGGUUUAUUCCAGUUCUUGGGAAAACCAUUUACGAUCGUUGCGGGAAGUGUUCCUUCGUCUGUCAAAUGCUCCUCUAACUAUUAACUUGGCUAAGUGUGAAUUUGGGAAAGCAACGGUCACAUAUCUGGGUAAACAAGUGGGCCAAGGUCAUGUACGUCCCAUUGAUGCCAAGGUGAUGGCAAUUUUGGAGUUCCCUGUCCUUAAAACAAAGAGAGAACUGCAUCGUUUUUUGGGAAUGGUUGGCUAUUAUAGGGGAUUCUGUAAGAAUUUUGCUACGGUUGUGUCUUCACUUACAGACUUGCUAAGUUCAUCCAGAGUUUUUCGCUGGAAUGCAGAUUGUGAGGUUGCAUUUAAGGCUGCCAAAGAUCUUCUAUGCAAUGCCCCAGUCCUCUCCACCCCUAAUUUCACCCGUCCAUUCAAAUCGGAGGUGGACGCAAGUGCUUUAGCAGCAGGUGCUGUGUUGAUUCAGGAUGGUGAAACAGGAAUUGAUCAUCCAAUAAGUUAUUUCUCGAGGAAAUUUUCAGGAGCACAACGCAACUACAGUACAAUCGAGAAAGAAGCCCUCGCAUUACUCCUAGCCCUUCAAUAUUUUGAAGUUUAUAUUGGUGGAAGUUCUGUACCAGUAGUAGUAUAUACUGACCAUAACCCCCUAGUCUUCCUUUUGCGAAUGUCUAACUCAAAUCAAAGGCUAAUGAGGUGGGCAUUAAUGGUUCAAAAUUUCAACCUUGAAAUACGCCACAAGAAGAGUAGUGAGAAUGUGUUGGCAGAUGCUCUUUCCCGUGUCUAUCAAAGUUAAUUUAUGUGUAUAAAAUAUGUCAAAACAAAAGAAAAGAAUCCCUGUUUUGACUUUUGAUGGGUGGGAGUGUUACGUCAGAGGACGUAUUGUUGUUUUCCUCCCCCCUUUUCCCUGUUUGUGGAGAUGUGCGUGUGCGUGUCUCUCUCUCUCUCUCUCUCUCUCUCUCUCUCUCUCUCUCGCUCUCAAGUAGCUCCGCCAUGAUUGGACGUAUUCGAGACGUACCCAGGGAUUGGCAGACUCGAGUGGAACGUUCCUUUGAAAAACGCCCGGGAUGCAGACGUGGCGGAGGGGAGAGUGAUGUUGGCGUGUUGUAGCUACUGAGAGGGUGUUAUUGAUAUAGCUGGCUUGUGAUAUCAGUGAGAUCUAAAUCAUGUAUAUUAUUUAAGGUUGUCACCAAUUCUUAUUCACUUCUAUAAAGCACUCUCAUUUUGAUUUUUGACCAUAUUGUUUUCAUUUGUUUAUAAAUCUUUUUGUUUCUUUAUUGUGGCAGUUGUGUUGCCAUUGUCUGUAAAUAUUGUAUAUACAAUAUUUUCCUUGAUCACUGAAGCGGUAGGGGUUGGGUGCCUUUUUCUUUUGUGUACAUCUUUUCUCCUGUGUUGAGGUAGCCAGGAAGUUAGGUAAAGACCACUGUAUUUUCUUUUUCUUUUUUUUUUUUUUUUACAGGGUUUAGUUAGUAAUAAUUCGGGUUUAGUUUAGUGGCCGUUUUGUUUAUUGUUUUGGCCUUGCCCAGCCCUGAAGAAACUGCUUCAUUCAUGUUUGUUUUGUGACGAAACUAA